AUGGCAACAUCAAGCCAGGCAGCGCGUAUCACGAAACUGCUUCGGCAGGCUGAAAGCAACAUCUCGAGCAUCCCUGGAAGUGACAACAGCAAGUACGCAGCCCUGGGGAGGCUCCAAGAAGCACGCAGCCUCCUGAAAGCAGAGGAAACGCGUGAAAAACGCGAAAGUGACGCGCCUGAAUCGACGCGUCAAGAGACACCAAAAGCAUCGAAGAAGAAGCGCACCAAGAAGAAAGGGAAGGCGAAACAAGAGCCAGAGCCUAGGAGUGGAAAUACAGCCAAUGACACCCAACAAGAAAGCGAAGAGCCCAGUGUAGCGCAAGGAAACCCAGAAAAGCCGAUAUGGAUGACAGUCGUGAAAAAAGGAAAUAAGGAGAAGCCUGGGAACGUCACUCUCAGGACAGCCAAGGGGACAUCGCAACAAAGAAAGAGGGCGGGAAACACCCUAAGCUCUUAA